AAGAAGAAACUAAAGUAAAAGAAAAAGAAAAAGAAGAAGCAACAGAAAAAGAAGAGUCAAAGGCAGACGCAAAAGAAGAAGCUUCAACUCUAGAUGCUUCUACUGAAACGAGUAAACCAGACGAGGAGUCACCAGUAGUGGUGGUGGAGCAGGCAGAAGAAGUUAAAACAGAUCCUGUUGUGGAAGCACCGUCAGAGUCCGGAUUGGAAUCUUCUGAACCAGCGGCGCCGGAGAAAGAAGUCCCAAUGGAGGUGGCGGCGGAGGUGGUGGCUAGCGAGAAGGAAGAAGCGGAAGCGAAGGAAACCGUUGCGCCGGUAACCAUGAUGAAGACGCAGCAGCAGAACGAUGACGUUGCGGAGAGUGCUGUGGAGGGCGAAGCAAAGGCAGCAGCAGCAGAAGAAGCAGCCACUGCUGCUGUGGUAGAGCUGGCCGUCGGUGAGAGCAGAAAACGUUCACAAGACGACCACAGUAGGCGCAGCAGAAGCAGCAGCAGCGGCAGCAGCAGUACCAGCAGCACCAGCAACGGUGGCAGCAACAGCCUCAGCGAGGAAGCGAGCAGUGGCGGCAGUACGGGCAGCGCUGGCAGCAAUAGCAACAGUGAUAGCGAGGGAGUCAGUUCGGCGAAAAAGGUGAAGCUGGAAACGGUGGUGGAACAACAGGAGCAGCUGGAACCGCCACUGGAGCAGCAACCAAAGAUGGUGGACGCAGAGCCAACUGCUGCGGUGGUGGUGCUGGAAGAGAAGAAAGCCUCGGAGUGUUCGGAGAAGAGUUCGGAUGAAUGUCACGAAGCGAACGACGGAGAUGUAGCAGUGGAGGAAAAAUCCAUGCCAGAAGAGAAACCGAUGGAGGCGGAGACAUCGGAAAAGAAAGAAGAUGGUGAGGAGAACGCUGCCAGGAUGGUCUCACCGGCACCACCUCCUGCCGAACCAGUCGCCGUCGAGUGCAAAAGUCCUCCCUGCGCGCAGGAAGAACCACCCAAAGCGGAACCAAAGGGUGAGGAAGAAAAGCGCACAGAAACGUUGCUGCUUCCUCCACCUCCCCCUCCACCGCCUGCCCAACCCGUGACGGCACGAGUGCCGGCCGGGGGGAAGGCAAGCAUCGUAGCGCCCGUGCUGGAACGGCCCGAUUCGGCCCGCCUCACGGCCGAUCUGCAGAGCUGUCAGCGGCAGCUGGCGGAGGUACGCUCCAAGUACGACGUCACACGCAAAGAGCUGCACGCGACCAAGCGCAAGCUGAAGCGCAUGUCGGUCCGGUUGGGCAACAUGACCACUGGUGGUGGUGGUGGUGGGUCGGCCGCUUCCGGUGGCAUUGUGGGCGGUGCCGCCUCCCCGCACGCACUGGCGGGCGGCCCGGCGGACGACGACCGUAACCGGAAGUGGCGCGAGCCGAUGAUAGUGGCGGCCAUGAAGAUAAAGAACGCGAUGGGCAUCCAGGCGUACAAGUCGCUGAUCAAGGACGGGGAGCUGCUGCUGCCGAGCCUGCGCACCAUCACGCGCUACCUGGAGUCGCUGCGGAAGGCGGGCGGUGGUGCGGCAGCGGCGGCGGCGGUGGCCCUAGCGAGCGCUGGCACCGCGAAACCGAACGCCCCGAUGGAGGUGGACGAGCUGCCCGAGGACGAGGAGGACGAGGACGUGGAGGAGGAGGACGACGAUGUGGUGGCGGUGCGGGCGGACGGUCUCGUGAACCGGCGGCUGGAACCAACGGGGAUGGUGAGGAAGAAGCAGCCGAAGGCGAACGGUGCGCCCCGAACGGUCGAUCACAACCGGAACGAACAGCGAAGGCAUCCGGCGGCGUACCCGGGUGCGGCCCAGCAGCAGCGCCAUCAUCACCAUGGGCCGGAAGUGCAGGACAUCAAGACGGAGCAGGAUCCCGUCAGCUUUACCGCAUCGCCCGAUAUUAACUACUACCAGCACAAUGCGGACGAGGAUGAGGACGAGGACGAGGACGGAUACCGAGAUCCAACCUCCCUGCUGGAAGGGUGCCGAUACGAGGAUGUCAGUGGCAUGCAGCUGAACGGAGAGGACGGCACCGGCUACCAUUACGCUCAGCAAGGGCAGCAGCAGCAGCAGCAGCAAACCCUGUCCCAGGCACAGAUCGAGUUCCUAAAGUCGAUGGUCGGCUUCCGGAAGAAGUGGACCCCGUACGAGCUGCGCACGUGCAACGACAUUCGGCGCAUCAUCGGCAGCCGGGAGUACGAAUCCCUGCGCCGCAAGGACGGUAUGCCGCUGCCGAGCGUGAAGACGCUGCGCAAGUAUCGCCAGGCCGCCCAGCUACCGGACACGGUCGACGUGAUGGGCCGGAAGCGCAAGCACAACGAGCUGGAGGACUCGCCCACCAAUCAGUCGCGUGCUGUGUCGCGCCACAGCGCAGGUGGCGAGUCUGGGUCCGCUGACCAUGGGGAGAAUGGGUCGGGCGUACUGUUUCCGUUCGGCAACGACAUCGACAAGGAGCAGCUGAAACCGGAACAGGAUCCGGAUGGUGGCCAUUUCGAUGUGAGCCUGCUGACGAUACCGCAGAUCAACUUCCUGCAGACGCUGACGAUGAACACGAAGGGUUUCUCCGAUUACGAGCUGCAGCGAUCGCUCGAGCUGAAGAACGAGCUCGGCAGUGGCAACUAUGAAACGCUGCGCAAGCAAGAGUUCCUGAACAUUCCGACGCUGGCCAUGCUGACGCGCUACGAGCAGGACAAUGGGCUGGAAGAUCUGUCGCGGCUGGUGAACGGUCGACGAACAACGGGCGGCGGUGGUGGUGGCAGCGAUCGCAAGCGGCGCAAGGAAGCGGAGGCAGCACUAGAGCUGGCCCGCGAUCAGGAGGAGCAGCGCAACAGAGAGAUCGAGGAGCAGCGGGCCCGCGAGCAGCAGCAGCAGGAGCAGGAGCAGGAGCAGCAGCGACAGCUCGAGCUGUACAACCGGCUGACGCAGGCGGAUCCGUCGCGCCACCCACUGUUCGACAGUAUCGCGGGCGACGCCUCACCGACGGAGGGUGCCGAUCCGGCGGCUGCGGCCGCUGCGAUUGCUGCUGCCAUGGCGGCGGCAGCCGCGGCCGGGUUGCAUCCUUCCCAGCUGGAGCAUCUGAAUGGUGGUGUCGGCGGUGGUGGGACGGUGGGCGGCGAGGAUUCGUCGCUGAGCAUGUUCGAGCAUCACUCGAUCUUCGACAAGGACACGCCGAUGUUUGACAUGACCAAGCUGUCCCCGGCGCACGUCGAGUUUCUGAACACGCUGCCCGAGAACCCGAAGCGUUGGACGCAGGAGAUGAUCAACUCGGCGCUGGACAUCAAGAACGAGAUCGGCACGCGCGACUACGAAAUCUUGCGCCGGCAGGGCAUCCCGCUGCCGGCCGCCCGCACGCUGCGACGGCACAAGGACAUCCGCAACAAGGCCGACCGGGCGAUGAGUGAAACGGGCGAAAUCUUGCCCGCCAGUGGUCCCGUGACGACGCCGGCCGGUGUUGUGGGCGGAAGUGGUUAAACGAGGCGAUGCCGCUGGUUUGGUGUCAGUUUCUUUUCCCAAAAUUCUUGCUGCCGUGCGUCCCGUUGUUGCGGAAGUUUGAAAUGUACCUGUGCCAGAUAUUGUUUUUUUGUUUAGAUUGCAUCGAAUAGCGAAGGAUAAGAGUAGAAUAGCGUUUGUGCGCUGUCCCCCCGAAGUCGAGGCACAAGGGCGCAGUGGAAGAAAACGGAAGCAGUGGAGCGAUGGGUGGGAAGUUGGUGCAUUAAGAGUCAUGUGCAGCGGGAGCACCAGCUCUUGCUGUGAUCGUUUUCUCCUGCUGGAUUUGUCACAGAAUAUAAGCUAUAGCAUAUCAGUAAGAGAGUAGUAGUAAGUAGUCAGCAGAAGAAGUGAGAGCGCCAUUUCUUUUGUCUCCCCGUGAUUAAUUUUACUUAAACUUUCGAUUCCUAGCCCAGAUGCACGUACGGGAAAAGAGUAAUUGUGUCAAUAAUUGUGUCGCGGAGGUCAAGGAGCUAGCAAUAAGAAGGGGGGAGUUUUGUUUCCCCAAAUGUUUUUACCAAGUACUUGACUAGAUCUGGAAACGUGAUUUAUAGAAGAAUGCACCAAAAACAUGGUUUGAACGAACAAACAGGAAUGGACAGCAAUGUGUGUGUAUGUGUGUACCGAUUAAUGAAAGCCUGUACAUAGUUAGGGAACUCUAUGGUCUAGAUGUUUAAAAAGCACAAGUAAGGGAUGUGGAUCUGUGCAUCUUACGGUGUAAUUCCAGGGCAGUUACGAAGAUCGCGAUCGAGAUGCAAACGAAAUAGUUUAACGAGCAUGUUACUGGUAAGCAAGCUAAUUCUUACGAUGCCAACCCUUGUCCGUGUUCGAUGAAUGGUGGUGGUGACCGCGCGAUAAGCGCACACAAUCAGCCAGAAAACUAACGUGUAUGGAAUUUUAACUCUCGGUGUGUUUCAAAUCCCAGAUGAUGUGUAUGUCGUGACAGAGUGUGUAAAUAUUGGUGUAUUCUGCUGUAGUAGCUGAUAAUCCACUAUUUUUCCUGAAAUUAUUACUCGGAUAGCAAACGAAUCGAUGGAAUGAUGAAUUUACCUUUUGAGGUGUGUCGCAAAAGUAACGUUACAAAAUAAAACCCCGAACGAUGGCGAAGGUUCGUGCGAAUCUGCUAAAAUGA